GGUAUGAUGACAGCAUUCAUCAGGGCACGUCUCCUGUGUCAUCGGGUUCGUGGAAGCCGGGAAUCUCGCCCUCUCCCCCAUCUUCCUCUUCGCCCCAGGAGGUACUAGAAGAUGGAUUCCAGCAGGCGUCAGAGUGGAAUUCAACAAUUGUUGGCUGCAGAGCAGGAAGCACAGCGAAUUGUCAAUGAGGCUAGGAAUGCUAAAAUGGCAAGGUUGAAGCAGGCUAAAGAAGAAGCUGACAAGGAGAUUGCCGCAUAUCGUGCACAAAUGGAAGCCGAGUUCCAGAGGAAGGUUGCUCAGAGCAGCGGAGAUUCUGGUGCAAAUGUAAAGCGCCUUGAGCUAGAAACCGAAGAGAAGAUCCAGCACCUGAAGUCACAGGCAGCAAAUAUCUCCCAGGAUGUGGUUCAAAUGCUUUUGAAGCAUGUGACCACCGUGAAUAAUUAGGGAUCAUCUCGUGAGAUCAACGCCAUCAAAUAAUUUUGAACACCCAAUUGGUCAGUUGAGUCCAAACUUUUAUCUGUAAGCAUACGAUGCAGUAUUUGUGGUUCCUUGAAUUAGCCGCCGCUUUUGUCCUUCACCGUUUACAUUAUCCGCAUGGAGUUUAUGCGCACUGAGGUGUUAUCCUUUGAUAAAGUAUGGAACGUUCGUUAAAUUAAGUUCCUCGAUUAACAUGUCA